UUAAUUUAUUUUUAAAUAAAUAAUUAAAUGUAUUUUGUGUCGGCCAAAGUCUGGCUCGUCUGUCUGGAGCCGUUAAAGGCGACGCGUCGCUGUCUGCCGCUGCAGAGAUUAGAUGGAGAAACAUUGGACGAAGAUGGUUUUUAAAGUUCGGGAGCUGCACGAAGAGGCGGGUCGCGCUGCCGUCGGCUCGGUCGGGCUCUGCUCUCUGGGAGGCUGCGCUGUCAACUGAAACGAUGCAGUCUGUGCCUGUGGAGGUGGGCAUCAGCAGCAGCAGCAGCAGCAGCAGCAGCAGCUCAGCCUCUGCCGCCACAUCUGGCUCCGUGGUGCAGGUUUGCUUCCCCAGCGCUCAGACCUCGGUGCUGGACAGUCUGAACCGUCAGAGGGAGGACGGCCAGCUGUGUGACCUGUCCAUCCACGUCCAGGGCCACGUCUUCAAAGCCCACCGCUGCGUCCUGGCGGCGUCGUCUCCGUACUUCCACGACCAGGUCCUCCUGAAGAACAUGUCCAGCGUCUCCAUCCCCGCCGUCAUGGACCCGCUGGCGUUUGAGAGCGUGCUGAGCUGCGCCUACACCGGGCGGCUCCGGAUGCUGCGCGACGACAUCGUGAACUACCUCACCGUGGGCAGCGUGCUCCAGAUGUGGCACAUCGUGGACAAAUGCACCGAGCUGCUGAAGGAGGGCCGUGCUACUGGGGGAGGGGGGGGCAGCGGCGGGGGAGGGGGCGCGGGGCAGGACGGAGCCGGUGCCGGAGGACGCGGCUGCAGCAGCAGCCACACGGACGGCGCCGCCGGUGGAGGUCCGGCUCAGGUCGCGGGGUCCAAUGAGCCCCAGCGCGGCCCACCACCGCCCAGCCGCCUGUCGGUGGGUGAGAGCCAGUCCCCCAGCAGCACCAACUACUUCAGCCCCAGGGACGGGAGCAGCUUUGGGAGUGGAGCAGCCGCAGCUGGAGCUUCAGUGGACGGAGGAGUGGCCAGCAACACCCCCUACUGCACCCCGUCAGGAGGAGAGGAGGCCUUCCUCAUAGAGGAAGAGGAGGAGGAGGAGGAGCUGUUCCACCACCAGAGGAAGAGAGGACAAGGAGUCGGCAGCAGGAGGAGGAAGAAGAUGAGCUCCGCGUCGGAGCAGGAGGUCGGGGUCAGCGACAGCUUCGGCGUCUCCUCGUAUCAGGACGGAGACGAGGCGGCGCCGCCUCCCAAGCGUCCCACCUACAGCCAGCCCAGCAUCAUGCCCCGCAAGCAGUGGGUGGUGGUGAAGGCUGAGCGCACGGAGGACGACCUCAUCGUGGUGUCGGGGGAGGAGGAGGAGGAGGACGAGGACGACCGGGAGCUGGAGCUGGCGCUGGUCCGAGAGCGGGAGCGGAACCACUUCAACAUCUCCAACGUCAGGAGCCUUUCUGCCGAGUUGGGAACCAGAGCCGAGGCCGACGUGGACUCACAGGUCGACUACUGCCAGUCUUCAGAAGACUACCUCAAGUUUGAAGGCGGUUUAAUGGAGCAGACGCUGGCUCAGCACCUUCACGACAGCGCUGCGGGUCAGAACCAGAGCGCCAACCGGGCGGUGUCAGCGCUGCUGGGUCAGGUCCAGUCCGCAGCCACGGCCCGGGCCCAGCUCUUCCCUCUGGACAUGCAGGGGAACCAGAUCCUCCUCUACAGCCAGUCCCUGGACGCCGCCCCCCCCCUGGGGGUGGCAGCUGGAGUGAUGGGAGGGGGUCCGUUCAAAGGGCCCAGCCUGGAGCACGGCGCCGUCCACCUGUCGGCGCCGGGCGGCCCGGGAGUGGACGGCGUGGACCCCGGAGGCUCCAACGGCGGCGCCGGAGGUACAGGCAAAGUGUUCAUGUGUCACUGUGGGAAGACCUUCACCCACAAGAGCAUGCGGGACCGGCACAUCAACAUGCACCUGGACCUGAGGCCGUUCCACUGCCCCGUCUGCGCCAAGAAGUUCAAGAUGAAGCACCACCUGACGGAGCACAUGAAGACGCACACGGGCCUCAAGCCCUACGACUGCCUGGGCUGCGGCAAGAAGUUCAUGUGGCGCGACAGCUUCAUGCGGCACCGCUCGCACUGCGAGAGGCGCGGGGGGGAGGGGGGGAGGAGGGGAGGCGAGGACGGGCCAGAGGGGAGGUCCUCCCCCCACCUCCUCCUGUCUGCGGGUGAGGGAGGGAGGGCAGCGGGACCCGGCUCUGCAGCAGGAAGCAGCAGCAGCGUGGGCGGCGCCGGGUCGCUGCUCGGGGCCGUCCAGAGUCCGGCUCAGGGUUCUGGGAUGUUCGGGGGUCUGGGUUUGGGCCGGAGCGUCAGCGACGAGGACGUGUGUGAAGUUGGCGCCAACAGCAACGUGACCUAAACCCUGACGUGUGUCACGGUGAGUGGGUCAACGGUGGAGUUCUGGUUCCUGGUCGGGAACCAGAUCGCGGCUCCACAGACGUUACGAAACCUGCCUCAGAUAAAUGGACCUUUAGUCUCAGUCAGUUUGAUCUAGUUCUCGUUAAAGUUGAGUUCUGUUUGUGAGGAGAGAAACUAAAACCUGAACAAACUCUUCCCGUCUGUGCCAACGUUUUGAUCACUAGUGUAGAAAACUGGCUGAGUUGAUGCAGUGUUGAUUCACUUCAUUUACAUGAACCACGCGUCUGCAAAGACAAACUGAACAUGGAGGAUUUUAACUGAUGCGUCUCUUCCUCCACCAUCAGCUGAGCCACGUUCAGAUGUUCACCUACAAACCAUCACAUCAGUCAUUUAGUGUUUCCUCAACGCGUACAACAUCAACACAGUCGACACUAAAUCUGCCAAUUCCUCCUUAAUUCGAUCCAAACACAACACAAACAACUUGAAUCUCUGCUGUGAUUUUCCCUGAAUCACUUUGUUGUUCUGAUGCUUUAGGUCGUUUCUCAUACGUGGUGUAAAUGUCUAGAAAUGCAGAAUAUGUUGAACUAAAUGAAGUAAGGACGGUGUCGAUGCUCUACAGCAUAUAGUUCACAGACCUCCACUGAAUGAAUAGAAAAUUAUUCUAGCUCUACUUUAUUAAUAAAGAACAGUUUUAAGUGUAGCUACAGGAGCCACGUGACCUUUGACCUCCUGAACAUGUGUCACGUCUUCAGAGGUUUUUGUUUCCCUGGAGCAGAUGGAGUGAGUUCUACCUUCUGUGAAGGUUUUAUGUUCAGGUUCACGGCUCUGCGUUCAGUGACCUGUAGAGCUCCAGUGUUUUCUGUCUGUGGUUCCACUUCUCCUCCCGUUUCUUUACUGGUUUUACUGGUAAAGAGCAUCAGGGAAACACUGGAGAGAGACUGAACAGGAAUCAGCUUCACUGGUGGUAAAGUUGUGUUUAUACUCGUCAGAGACAGAAUCAAAGCUCCAAUCAUUUCUAUUUUUAUGUCUAACAUUGAAAUAACGUUUAUUUACUUCCAUCAGGUUUAACCUUCAUCAUGGAAACAUGACGCACAAAGAGUAAACCUGGAUUUAAGCAGAAGUUUAAACAUGUUGGUUAAGUUCAUAACACAAACGUAAAAAGAAAUGCUUUCUUUUCAUACGAAUAUUAAAAUAUAAAAAUAAGACAUUUGUUUUGUUUGAAGAGUCAUAAGAUUUAAUUUUCUAUCUUUGUAGAUUUAACGUUGUGCAACUACACAACAUUUCUGACUUAAAUAAGAUUUACCUACAAAACCUCAAGAUUUCAUUCAAGUGUCAGUGUUAAAUAUCAAACAAUCUGCACGGUUCCUGUGGAUCCUGUAAAACCGUGUUCAAAGCAGGAAGUAUAUUUCAUGUGAUUGUCCUUUAUAGAUAUUAAACUCUGAGCUGCAAACCUCUAAACAUUGAAUUAAUGAUCAGCAGCAACCACUUCCACUCUGACCUCCAGCUGCUUCCUGUACGUUAUUCACUUUAAAGGCUCAAAGCUGCUGCUGAAAACCAGACGACGGUCCUUCAUUAUUUUUGUAUAUUCCAUAAACUGUUACAUCAAGUCCUACGUGUUCUAAUUGACCAGUUGAUUGUUGAAGUUAUCGUCAGACAUUUUUAUGUAACGUGGUACUAACGUGUUAAACUACAUCAGUAUUUACCUCUGCUCUGUAUCACAGGACAUUAUUAAAUUAUUUGGUGCAAACCUGAUGUUUGUCUUUCGUAGAUGCUCCAGUGUUUAACUUUACUUCACUUUAAACAGAGCCGUUAGCUGGUCCAGUGGUGCUGGUUCUGGUUCUGGCAUCACACACACAAGUGUUUCAGCUCAUGACUUUCUGAAGUCAUGAAGUUCUGGGCUGUUAAUGUGCUGAAAUGUUGUUAGUUGCAGCCUAAAUACAUGGUGGAGUCACAGGUUUUGGCUCAGACGCUGAGUUACUGUUGUUUAGUUUCACCUCUUUUUUUACAACAGGGAAGAUCCCAUUUAAAAGCAUUGAUAUUAAUAAUGGGUCAUCGUGCUAUUUAAGAAUCCUCCCUAACAACAAACUGCUUUGUGUGUUUUACAUCAAGAACUGAGUGAAAUCUUUACCGAAAGACAAACCUUUUGUUUAUAACAAAAUUAAUCAUUUAUUAUUAAAAAGGAAGCAAAUCACAGUGAAUGACUGAGAAACACGGCCCCACAGAUCAUAACGACAGGAACCACGUUUCAGGAAACAGAAAUGGAACUUAGGUGAAACACAGAUUUAACCGAAGGCAGACGCUAAAAGCUGAUUUCAAACCUUCAUCUACCAGAACCAGCUUUAACCAAGGGAGCAAAACAUGGAGAAAAUAAAUGGAUGCUGGAGCUUCUGG